AUGCAAAACCAAGAUACCUUUGAGCUGUACUCGGUCUGGUGUUCCUCAUGCUGUCAGCGGAUCAUAAUCGCAGCUCAUCUCAAGGGCAUCACGCUCAAAUAUAAUUAUGUCGAUCUGAGCGCAAGAGGACAUCAUGACGCAAAAUACAAAGAUGAACUGAAUCCAAGUGCUAGUGUGCCGACCUUGGUUGUGCAUCACCCCGACGGCACCAAGACCAUUAUCAGACAAUCCAUGACAAUCCUCGAGUACUUCGAGGAAAGAUUCCCGAACCAAAGCCCUCUGCUGCCACCUGUCUCAGCUUGGCAGGAUCGCAUCAAGGUACGCGACCUAGUCAACAUCAUCGCGAUCGAUGUUCAGGCGCCUACCAAUUCCCGGAUUGCCAAGCGUGUCAGGUCCGUGCGGGAUAACGUGGAGGAUCAGGUCAGCUUCGUUAGGCAGGCAUUCACAGACGGCUUCCAGGCGUAUGAAGCCCUGAUCUCCGCAUCCAGCAAGUUUUCUUUCGGCGAUGAAGUGUCACUGGCCGAUGUUGUGUUGGUUCCCGCGGUCGAUCAGGCAUUGAUGUACAAAAUGGAUCUGGACUUCGUGCCCAAUCUCCUCAGAGUCUAUCACUCACUAAAAGAGCUAGAGGCUUUCAAGGCUGGAGAUGGAAAGAACCAGGGUGAUACCCCGGAGCAGUUCCGGGCCGCUUCCCAGUAG